GGCAUCAGCGUGCGCACUUAUUAUUAUUUUAUUUUUCUUUUAUGCGAGGCGGGGCGAUCAACGUGCGCAAUUAGGUGAUGCGAGGCGAGUGCACAGUAAGAGGAAGGAGGGAGGAGAAACUGGCGGGGAAGAAGGGCGAUUACAAUCGGGAAAAAAAAAGUGCGGGCUGAUCGAUUUCGAGGGGUGAAGGGUGAAUUCCAUGGUGGUGGCGAUGGCUGGGUUUUUCAACCACUCGGCGGGCGGCGUGUCUUCCCGCCCAUGGCCUCUGCGCGCCGUGUUGCUUGCACUGGUGGCUGGUAUGAGUGCGCUGCUGGCGGGGGAGGUCUCUUGUGUUGCCGUAUCCCCGCCCAAUCCCGCCCGGCUCCAUAUGAAAGUCAAGGCCGUUCAACGUCACGUGGGCGAUUGGAGACCGACGGAGAGAAGGCGGCUAAGUAUUUUUGACGAUCUUUUAUCUGCAGCACCAAUAGAACCACCAGCGGCGCCGCCGAGCGACUCUGGUGAUGAUGGCGGGUCGGCGGGGAUUUCUCUUCCUUCUACCUCUCCCGCCACAACACCAGCACCGGAUGGAUCCGAACCCGGCGGGGGAUCCGGUGGGGGAGGAGGAUCAGUGUCGAGCUUGGCCUCGCCAUCUUCGUCGCCGCUAAUUUCCGUGUCGAGCUUGCCCCCGCCAUCUUCGCAGCGGCCAGGAAUGUCCAGUCGAUUCAAGAGCGAUUUGAUUCUGAGAAGCAUAUUGAAGUGGGGAUUCGCUGCCGAUGUGCUUGUGGGUACUCCUGCCCAAGUCAGGGCUCUAGAGGUCUCGUUUGCCGACUUCGUUACGUGGACGUUUUGCAGUCCCGCGAUGGGCGAGACGCCUCUCAAUGCUCCCAACCCGCUGUUCUCUCCUGAUCUCAGUGCUACGGCGAUGGUCGCCAAUUGCACGGCUCACGGAUGUCUGCCCAUCGUUGCUUCAGGCCAUGGGUUCUGUCACAACGCGAGUUGCUUGCUUGCACGCUACUCAGGUUCAGAGGUCAGUACGAACAUGAUUAUGGGGGUUUUGAUCUCUGAUCUGAUGAUGCUGAAGAACGAAAACGCGUCGCUUGUUCGGUUCGAUUCGCUGAGCUGCGUUUUAAAUCUGAAUGGCUCUUACGUUAAUAGGACUAGUGAUGGAGUGCUAGCGCUAGGACCGUCGGAAGGAACGUACUUCGCGGCUUUGCAGAGGGAGUUCUCGCUCCCGGACGUGCUUAGCUUUUGCUUCAAUGCCUCCGGUUUCUAUCAGAGACUGAGUAGUAGAUCUCCUUUCAACGCGUACUAUGACGGUGGGAGUCUAGUGCUUGGAACCCCCCCCGACUGGGUCCAAUUCCCCUCCCCUCUGCCAGUUACUCCCCUGACUAAGUCCCAGGUGUCGAAGAGAACUCCUUACGCGCAAUACAUGUCGCGUCUCGUGAGCUGGAGCAUAGGCUUACCCCCUUCCGGCUCCACUGUUCUGGCAACUCCUGGGUCCGAUAGCGUGUUUUUCAGCUCCGAAGCCGUUACCUACCUACCUUCUAGUUCUUUCGCGACCUUACUUGAAGCAUUUGUCGAUUCGACGACUAUGCAACUCGAUGGCGAUGCGGAGAUACCUAUUUUCAACGACGCCACCUCUGCCAUCUGUGAUGUUUCGGUUUUUCCCGUGCUUAGCUUCACGUUCCAGGGAGGGCAAGUACUCAUCGCUAAGCCCGAGGAGUACGCCAUCUUUGCAAGCUCUUCCUCUGACGGCUGCACCGUACUCUUGCCCUUCACGUCGACUGGCGAGACCGUCGAUUACUUCCAGUUCGGAACAUCUCUGUUGCAAUCCAAGUGGGUAACCUUCGACUUCUCCGCGGGGACCGCGAUUGGGGCGCUCAAGAUCGGAUCUGGGCCGUGUUCUGAGAGCCAGCCGAUGGUGUGAAGGCGAAAGGAGCACGCACUUCGAUGACGUGAACACGGGAAACAGAAGGGGGACAGCGGCGGGGCGGGCGGCCUGUGUGACGAAGAGUGCAGCAGCUUUUUUUUCGAACGAGGAUCAUCUCUGUUGCUAUCCACCAGACUGACCUUCCACUUCUCCGUCGGCACCCCGACAGGCGUUGUCAAGAUGGGAUCUGGGCCGUCUUCUGAGAACCAUCCCAUGGUGCGAAGGCGAAGCACAGUUCGGUGAAGUGAAGACGGGACACGGCGCGGGCAGCUGCGGGGCGGCUUAUGACGAAAGGAGUGCAGCACAACAGCAAACUCGAAGUGCAACGAUGAACGAAAAGGAAAAGGAAAAGGAGUGCGGAAGCGUAACGAAGCUGGUUUCGAGGGCAUGCGCACACCAACACUGCUACCUACGGGUAGUCUCAGGUCGGCGGUCCCCGGAUGUCAACGACUACGCUAGUCUGAUCUAAGUACGCUGAAACAUGAUGUCGUUCCGGCAUUUCACCGUACCUUCCUCAUUGUACUCUCCCCUUUUCGUUCUUCUCUGCCCCCAAAUUCGUCUCUCUCUCUCUCUCUCCCUCUCUCUCUCUCUCUUUCUCUCUCUCUCUCUCUCUCUCUCUCUCUUUCUCUCUCUUUCUCUCUCUUUCUCUCUCUCCCCGCUUCAGUCGCACACUCCCCUUUCGUCAGAACCCUGCCACUCUGUUCAGGAUCUCCUCCUUGGGCUUCCUUUCUCACUCCUCCCCUCCUCUCUCCCUCCUCCGUCUCCACUUUCUCUUCCUUCCCUCUCCUCUCCUCCUCUUCUCCAGCCCUCCUAUUUCCACUUCCUUUCUUUACUCUCCCUCUCUUCUCCGUUUCCAUCUUCCUCCCUCGCCCAUCUCCUCUCCCUUCACCUUUCCGUUCGUCUUUCCUGUUCUCUCUCCCUCCCUCUCUCUCUCGGUUCCGCGCUGGACAUCUCAGAAUGUUGCCUUGCUAAAGCGCCGCAACAUGCUUUACGACGAGCGGUUUAUGGCGGCGGAUCUUGGAUUGCAGAUUCUGACGAGGCAUCGAUCCAUGCAUGUCUUAAUCUCUUGCCCGUCCAGCUCAUUGAGCUCGGAGUCAAUUCGUUCUAAGUUAAACACUACUGUAGUCGUAAACGACGUUCUAGUGAAGUACUCAGCGAUCGAAGGUUUCUCUCUCUGAUUGCACUCAUGGAGCGUUCAAGCGUUGUAUGUUUCACUCCGGCCCUUUACCAUUUCCGUGCCUCCUUUUCUUCCCGUUUCUCUCCUCUCCAGUAAGAAAACUCUCUCUUUGAUAAGAAAACUGUCUUUGCUUCCUGGUUUAGACAGGUUUAGACGUAUGCUUCCUGUCCCUUUAUAGAUGCAUACUGCACGGCGAGCUUUAUCCGUUUGCCUCUACGAUGUCCAGAUGGACUGGGCAGGAAAAAGCUUCUGUCCUGGUCGUGGCUGCCCGGUAGACAAAGAUUGCGUCUUUGUCCGACCGACCAUAGCGUGCUUCGCUUGCAAAUCAUUUUCAAGCUAUCCUUUUUUAAUAGAACUACCGUGUUCCACCGAAUAGAUCGUACGGCCUUGAUGGCCGUAUCUAGUCUGAAAUUUGGCCUAGAUGCAGCUAUUCUGACCGCACCUUCUAUUCGGGGGAAAGACGGUAGCAAUCCGACAUGCCCCCUCUUUCUCUCGUCUUUUCCUGGAAAGAGCUACCGGUAGCUAUCCUUAUUGAAUGAUGCCGGACGACUCGUUUUCAGGCAUGUGGAGACAGGGGAGGUAUAGAAUGGCCAACGUUUUCUUACUUGUGUUAACGGCAAUAUAGUUUCGUUUACCGGUGGUGGGGUGGUGGUGGGUGGGUGGGGGGGGCGCUGGGCAGGAUAAGGAUCGGGUUCGCUCUUGGUUUUCCAUUCCUGAUUGCAGUCCAGGGUGCAGUAUUCGGGUUUCACGUACUUCCUGUCUAAUUGUUGAGGCGUAUAAUGCACGGAGUACU